GUUACGCAGCAUCAUCUGAGCUGCUCGUCGUUUUAUUGUACGGCUGCUGAUGCUGAGAGGUCGAGCUGAGAAAUACAUAUAAGACCAUGGUCGCGGAUUUAAGCUUUGCAGUCCGCGUUGCGUCGUGGCAGACUGUUUUCUAGGUAUUCCGACUGCAAGGAUAAUGAGGAAAAGACGGAGCUGGAAACGUCAGUGUAACUCGAAGUGAUGGAUAAUACGAGUGUUUGAGGAUCCCCUACUUCUGACUCAAUGGCAAAGAAAGGCCGCGCCAAGGGCGAGAAGCCUGAGGCGCUCAUCUCUGCCCUGCAGGCAGCCAAUGAAGAUCUCAGGUCCAAAUUAACUGAUAUACAGAUUGAACUGCAUCAAGAAAAAUGCAAGGUGACCAAGCUGGAGCGCGAGAAGGUGCAGGAGGGCAAGCGUAUCCGCGAGCAGGAGCAGCAUCGGCACACUGUGACUCUGACGGAGCAGCGGGCCCGAUGGCACGAGGAGAAACUGAAGGAGCUCGCCGCGCUCAGGGAGUCGCUAACACGCCAGCACGAGCAGGAAUUAGCCCGAAACGCCAAGAUUAAAGAGGGCGAGAUCCAGCGCUUGAGGACUGCUCUUAGUGCACUGCGCGACGGCAGCGGGGAGAAAGUGCGUACCGCGCUGACUUUAGAGGCCCGAGAGGAGGCCCGGCGAUUCUUUGACCAGGAGCGUGUGAAACUGCUGCAAGAGAUCGCCGAGCUGAAGUCUGUCAAACGGCAGAAGGAUGAAGCGCUUAGUACUAUGAUUAUUGCUGAUAAGAUGAAGGCAGGAGACUUGCGCACUGAACAUCAAGCGCACCAGGAGCAAAUUACCAAGAUCAAGUGGGACUGCGAGCGAGAUAUUCGCCGAUUGGUGGAUGAGAUCAAGGCAAAAGACCGAACAAUCUUCUCACUGGAGAAAGAGCUGGAAACGGCCACAGGCUUCAUGCAGAAACUGCAGCUGCAGAAAGAUGCGCUCGACGAGCAGCUGUUUCUGGUCAAAGAGGCGGAAUGUAAUCUGGGAAGCCCCAAAAGAGAGAUCCCUGGCCGCGCUGGAGAUGGAGCAGAGCACUGUGGGAGCCCGGACAUGAGGAGAAACCAGAAGCGCGUCAGUGAGCUCAAAGCCACCAUUCGUAAACUGGAGGACCGCAAUACAAUCCUAGUAGAUGAAAGAAACGAGCUGCUGAAGCGUGUUCGGGAAACGGAGAAACAGUGCAAGCCAUUACUGGAGAAGAACAAAAUAUUAAGUAAGAAAAAUGACGAACUCAGCCUGUCUCUCCAGAGGAUGGAGGAUAAAGUGAAAUCCGUCACCAAGGAGAACCUGGAGAUGAAAGAAAAGAUAACGUCACAUCCUCCUCUGAAGAAGCUAAAGUCUUUGAAUGAUCUGGACCAAGCCAACGAUGAUCAAGAGAUCGAGUUCCUGAAGCUUCAAGUUCUAGAGCAGCAGAGCAUGAUCGAUGAGCUGACACGAGUGAGUUCUUCUUCUCAACACCAGCUGAACUCAUAUAAGAGAGCACACAUAUCUACUUUAUCCUCUGUGUUGCAGGAUAGAGAAAAACUCUUGAGGAAGAAGAGGCAUAAACGAAGCAGACCAAUAAAGAGGCAUAUAGUCGUAGACACGUUCUAUGGGUAUGAUGAAGAGUCGAUGGAUUCGGAGACUUCAUCAGUGGCUUCCCUGCGCAUGGACCGAACGCCAGCCACACCAGAUGAAGAUCUAGACGAGGGUUUGGCGGCGGAGGAGUCUGAGCUGCGCUUUAAACAGUUGAAUCGUGAAUAUCAGGCUCUUCAGAGAGCUUACGCCCUGCUGCAGGAGCAGAAAGGAGGAGUGCUGGAUGCAGAAAUGGAGGCUAAGGCUCAUGAGCAGCUCCAGGCUGAAGCUCACAGGUAUAAGGCUAAAAUCGAAGAUCUGGAAAAUGAGCUGUCUCUUAAAGGACAGGACUCUAGAUGGGUGGAGGAGAAGCAGCUGUUUAUGAGACGCAACCAGGAGCUGCUGGAUAAGGUCGACAAGCUGGAGAGUGAAAAUGGAAAACUGCAGCAGGAACUACAGGACUCUAGAGAUCAGAACGAACUGCUGGAGUUUCGCAUACUUGAGCUGGAGGAGCGUGAGAGGAGGUCGCCUCCAUUUACCCUUCAGAUCCAUCCUUUCUCUGAGGGAGUGAGUGCACUGCAGAUCUACUGCAUCAAGGAAGGAGUGAAGGACGUGUGUAUACCAGAUCUCAUCAAGCUGUUGGAUAUACUCGGAGACAAUGGGAACUUGAGGAAUGAGGAGCAGGUGGCCAUUAUUCAAGCAAGUACUGUGCUGUCUCUCGCUGAGAAGUGGAUUCAACAGAUCGAAGGCACAGAAGCGGCUCUGCAUCAGAAGAUGAUGGACCUGGAGCUUGAGAUGGAGAUGUUCUGCAAACAGAAGGGAUAUUUGGAGGAGGAGCUGGACUACCGGAAGCAGGCGCUGGACCAGGCCUACAUGCAAAUCCAGGAGCUGGAGGCCACUCUGUACAACGCAUUACAGCAGGAUAAAGUGAUCAAAUACGGCGAGCCUCUGGACGAGCUGCAGAAGGACGAGUUACGCACGGCUGUGGAGAAACUGCGCAGACAGAUGCUGCGCAAGAGCCGAGAGUACGACUGUCAGGUGCUGCAGGAGCGCAUGGAGCUGCUCCAUCAGGCCCAUCAGAGGAUCAGAGACCUGGAGGAUAAGACUGACAUUCAGAGGAGACAGAUUAAAGAUCUAGAGGAGAAGUUUCUAUUUCUCUUUUUAUUCUUCUCUCUUGCCUUUAUUCUUUGGCCUUGAUGUCUGUGACAUCUCCUGCAGAGGAUUUGAAGCAACCUGGAGCUGUCGCAUGCAAACUUGAGUUGUCCGGUUGUAAAGACUCAAGGUGUAUUAGUGGAUCUUUUGUUUUGCUUGUGUGGAAGUGGGACAACUUUAUUUGGGAUCACCUGCUCUGGACUGGACCUUUGGAUUAAACCGGGAUGUUUGGAAUCACACUUACAGAUCAAUACAAAGUCUGACACCGUCAUCAACCCAGAUUGUGGAUUAUCUCUGCCAUGCAGAGACCUGCUUUUACCCCGUCUUUACUGCAUCUGCCAACCCGCAAACCUCUUUCUUUCUCGCUCUGUCUUUCUGUUUCUCCUCCAACAAUCACUUUGGGAAAUUAAAAACGAACUGCUGGACAGGAUUUAUGGCUGCUGACUCAGGGCCUGUUGGUGCGGUGACUGUCGCAGGACCCCUUAGGAGAGGUGUCUUCCUCACUGCCUGAACAAAAAAAAGGACAAAGAGACAGACUGAGAGAGAAAGCAAGACCGUCCACUACAAACCAUCCACACUGGCCGUUUCUGUUCACCCCUUGAAAGUUGAGUACACGACUGCCUGGUGGCUUUUACUUCUUAUAUUGGGCCUCAUUCUUCUAUCACAAACAAAUGUGUCAUGUAAAUCAUUCCUUGAGGCAUAUUUUACCCAAAAAUGAAAGCGUACUCCCUAUUUGGGCACCCUCAGGUGGUUACAAAGCUUAAUGAGUUUCUUAUUUAUUCUCUUAAACACAAAACAAGAUAUUCUGAUGAAAGUUGAAAACCUGUAACCAUUGACUUCCAUUGAAGGAAAUACAGCGACAUAGGCACAUUGUGAAAAUGUAGCCCUAUAUACAUUUCUGGAGAUGGCGAAUUAUGUAGCUAGAGGUACAUAUGGCUGCAUUUCGUCUUCAAAACAAAUGCUACGGGGGUGGUAUGACGCCGUUCCUUUCCUUAGCAGUUUGUCCAGUAGCUUGACACAUAUGUCUGUGGACUUGAGACGCAGAGAAGAGUUGGCUAAGAUGAUAGGGUUCGAGUCCGGCAAAGAACGGUUCCAGAAAGCGUGUAAGACAAAAACAGAAGCCGAAAAAUAAAUAAACAAGUAAAAAACCAGGUGAGAAUGUGGUAAAAAUCAGGCGGCUUUUCUUUUUCUGCAUUGCUUUUGAAAACACUGUUGGUUGGGUUUAAGGAAGUGGAUGGACGCUGGUCAAUCGAUGCUUUUGAAAACAUUAUUUGUUGGGUUUAGGGAGGAGGAGUGUGGGUCAGUCAAUCUGUCAGUCAGUCAGUGAGUCAGUGAGUCCACCCUCUGGUGGAUUUACGUGAGAACAGCAGGCACAAAUGGCACUCGCGAGAGAAAUUUGAGAUCUGAAAAAGCGUAAAAACGGCAAAAAAACGUAGCUCCUGGGAUGUAUUUGGCACUCUCCAUAAAUGUCUACAGCGGUACAUUUUCAGAAUAAGCCUGGGUUGAAAAACAGAUACUGUGGAAGUCAAUGGUUACACGUAAAUCUUUUCUAAACAAAAAACUAAUUAAGGUAGGAGUAAAUGAUAAGAGAAUUUUCAUUUUUUUGGGUGGACUGUCUCUUUAAAACGUUUUUAUGUAAAUGUUAUUGCCUCAAAGUAAGUAUUUAUAAGUAAUAAGGUCAUUUUUAAAAGUAAAGUGAAGUGACAGACCUGUAUUGUGACAUACAUCUGAAUGUAAGUAAUAAUAUGAAAAUAAAUGUAGGCGGAGACUUGGUUGAUUGGCCUUUGAGAGGUGGGCGUGGCUCUCAAUUAAAUGAGCUUUUAGUUGAACGUAAAGAAAAAGGGGUGGAGUUCAAGUUUACUAAAGAGGCGGAGUUUAUGCAACAUCAUUCAUUUUCCUUUGGCUUAGUCCCUUUAUUCAUCAGGGGUCGCCACCACGGAAUGAACCGUCAACUAUUUCAGCACAUGUUUUACGCAGCAGAUGCCCUUCCAGCUGCAACCCAGUACUGGAACACACCCAUACACACUCAUUAACUAACAUACACUACAGCCAAGUUUAUUAAACUUUCCUAUAGUGCAUAUGUUUGGACUGUGAGGGAAAGUGGAGCACCCGGAGGAAACACAGGGAGAACAUGCAAACUCCAGACAGAAAUGCCAACUGACCCAGCCGAGGCUCGAACCAGCGACCUUCUUGCUGUGAGGCGACGGUGCUAACCACUGAGCCACCGUGUCGCCUCUAUACAACAUCGUUUUCAACUAAAAACAACACUAUUCUUGGUGUUUGGCCAUUUUAAUUAAUUGACUACAUCAUUUUGGGGGGAUCUGAAAACAUCUUUCAUAAGGUGCGUCCGAAAUCGCAUAGGCACUCCAUCUGAAUUUACUUAAUGACCAUUAGAAAUGUACAUUCUGUUAAUAUAAAUAUGAGUAGUGUGGAUGUAAAUUGGACGUACUACAUCUAUACGUUGGUAUUAUCAAAUGAUGCUUACUGUCAUCAUAAUUUUACAUCAUGAUUGUCAUUGUGGCAACACCAAAGCUCAAGAAAUAUUAUUUGAAAAGCUUUUGCAUCGUGUGUGAAUGAAAUAUAUUUAUAGGAACACUUUAUUUUGAAAAUAAAACUAAUCUAAACCAUUUUUGAAUCCAUUCAGCCGAUCUAAGUGUCAGGCGGGAGCACUUUUAGCUUAGCUUAGCAUAAAUAAUAGAAUCGGAUUAGACCAUUAGCAUCUCACUCAAAAAUGGCUAAGGAGUUUUGUUAAAUUUCCUAUUUAAAGCUUGACUUUUCUGUAGUUACAUCGUAUACUAAGGACAAAAAUGAAAAGUUGUUAGUUACGGAACUUUGCUGCUAUACAAUGGCUGCAGCAGGAUCAUUAAUCAAAAUUCCUUGAUUAUUAUGCCAGAAUGAGAUCAUAUCAGGCUAGAAAAUACCAACGUUUCAUUUUCCUGAAGAAUCAAGCUUUAAAUAUGGAAAUUAUCCAAACCUUUUGGUCAUUUUUGAGUGAGAUGCUAACGGUCUAAUCCGAUUCAAUGAUUUAUGCUAAGCUAAGCUAAAUGUGCUCCCGUCAGGCCUGGAGAUCCCGUCAGACCAAUACAUAAGAAUUCUGCUUGUGCUCUACAUUCAGAUUCUGCUUGUGGUGGAAGAAUGAGGCCUAUUGUCCAAUAAUAUCCCACAAUGAUCAACAGUUCCUCCUCCUUCUGACUGCUGUGUAAUAUAAAUGUUUGUUGAUAUGUACAUGUGUCUCUAGUUCCUCCCCAUGUGAAUACACUUCUCCUCCUGCAGCUUGAGCAGUAGAGUCACUUUGCAGUUUAGACUUUAUUCACGACUGUAAAUUGCGAUGUGUAUUGUGGUGACGGCUGCAAGGUGAAAUUGUUUCUCGACUGUGCCCUGUAUUUAAUCAUCUCUUUCCCCAGAGCCUAAUCCUUUUCUACUCUUUCAAAGGAAACAGCUGUAGAGUGACCAGCAGGACUUUCACUAACUGGUUUGUACUGAAUGAUCUUUCUAACUCCCUUUAACUGGCUGUGUCUCUGGCUUGUAAAUAUGUUUUUGGGGCAUUCUGUAUUAUACCAGGUUUGGCUUCAUUUCAUUAAAGUCUAAAUACCUCCUCAGAAUUAUGAUCGCCUGUGCUUUUUCUCCUUCGCACAUGUCUAAAACACACAAGAUUUUGAAUCACGGUAGAAUAUGAUGUUUUUUUAAACCACAAACAUUUUAAUCUAGUGCCUCCAUAUAUACAAUUUAUAAUUAGACUUUAUUGCAUAUGUUUAUGUUAAUCAAACUGCUGCAUGAUUAAAAUGUAAAGUUCAAGGCGAGAGAGAUGAGUAGAGUUGUGGUUAUACAGUGAUCAAAUGUAGGAUAGUUUGGGUCAACAGUCGUGAAUGUUAGUGAGGAAUUCAAAUAAUAAAAAAGUAUGAACAUUGCUCUUGUUUGACAUGUUUGGACCCCCUUUGUGCUGCCCUUUUCUGUGCAGGAAAAAAAAGUGAACACAUCUUGUUGCUGUCAGGGGAAUCCUUGUACUGUAUGUCCAAGAACGGCCGCUUUUCAAGAUG